AUGGGGCAGCACACGGUCCACAUUUGCGGGGAGAGAGACAGGUGGAGAGGGAGAACAAACCAAACACGCUGUCAGUUUGUUCAGUUGACUACAAGAGUUCCUUGUAGAAUCCUAAACUAAAAAGCUGAGCUAACGGUCGGCUCGCAGCCCCUCCUCGCGUUCUGUCCGCCGAAAAGCGUCGGAGAAACACUGAUUUUUACUAGGAAACUGCUUUAUUACCUGUUUUAACUGCCGGGUCGCGCCGAUUGCUUCCCGGUGAUACGGCCGAGAUUUCGGUGGGGGUCUCGGCGCUAGCGAACGGGGUUUUCGGUACCCAUGGGUGCAACGACAGCUAGCUAGCUAGCUAAAGUUGGCGAAGUAACGUUAAUGAGCCAGCAUCUGGGCCAAAGAUACUCUAUAACAUUCUAAAGCGUCUCUGCCUGGGCUCUUCACCUGUGACAACGUAGAUGGCAUACGCGGUCCUGCCUUAGCAACUCAACAGUACUUUUUUGAGUGAAAUGUCACAUCUUAUAGGUAUUUCCUCCUAUAGGAUCUUCGAGUAAGACAUAGGCCUACUGAUGAUUUAGCUCUACAGAGAGACGUAUUGAAAAGGCUGAAGAAAGGAGGAGGGAGCCAUGGAGGUGUAUAAUAGCAUUAGUUGGUUGUGAAAGUUGAAUCGUGUCAUUGAAUCAAAUAGGGGGUUAUUGAUGUUGCCUGGGGACUGACUGUAAACUAUAAAAUUCACAUGAGAGUGCACUAUAAUGUAGCCUCUCAUGUCUCGGGCCGGCGCCGUAGUGCGUGCGUGUGUUUACCACCGCUCGCUGUAGUAGAGCAGCCCUGCCCGACACCAAACACACGAGCGACACGAGUGGGCAGGGCCGUGAGUGCCCGGGCCGCCGUCCAAUCAACGGCUAGUAAAGCAAUCACUGGCUGGAAGGGUCAGCCAAUGGCGUCCGCCACCGCCGGGACCGCAGCCAAUAGAAUGCGCGCAAAACGUGGGCACGUGGAUCCGUGCACAUGUUGACGCUCGUAAACUGCCGAGAGAAAGCGCUAGCGAAGACACAAACCGAUGAACGGCCGGGCUGUGUGUGUGUGUGUGUGCGAGAGCUGAGGCUGGGCGCCCCGAUGCUGCUCCAGCUACAGAGUGUGUAUUGACGGAUCUGUCGUAUCAAAGUAGGAGAUAGAGCUGUUUACGAUUGUUUCUGACAGCUGCUGUGUUUAUCUCAGAUUACCGAAGGAUCAGAGACCAGCAGGCACUCAGAGAUUACACAGAGAGAGAGAGAGAGGGAGAAAAAAAGGGAAAGACAGAUGAGAGCGAGAGAGGCACAUGGUCAGACAUAUAGAAUGUAAAAUGUGAGUAAGAGGAGGAGGAGGAGGGCUGGUCUGUGGAAGAGGAAAGGAAGAGGAGCACCAGGCUUGUGUGCAUAACGAACGGGAUGAGCUGAAGGGAGAGCAGAGAGAAAUGAGAGGCAUACAGAAAUGCAGCCAGAGAAGAAGGAGAGAGCAAUGCAGUCCCAGGGCAGCACUUCCUCUCAGCCCUCCUUCGAUUCCCUGAGCUCCAGCGACAGCCUCUUGUUCAGCGACUCGGAGCAGGCAGAGGACGACACAGAUGUCUUCCUGACAGACGGCUCUUCCUCUGUCAUCAUCGGUGGCGUGGGCGGGGCUGCGGCCAAUGGAGACAGAGGAUCGGAUAGUCCAGGGUCCCAGUGGACGUGUGAUGGCUUCCCCGACAAAGAGGAAGAGGAGGAGUCAUACAGGUUGGAGAACGGGGGCAAGGCAGCUCACAUCAGCUUGGACGAUACGGAUCCUACAAGCAAGAUCCCAAAAUCACAGGGAGACCUGCUGUUUGCUCAAAAGUGUGCUGAGUUACAGGGUUUCGUCAGGCCCCUGCUGGAGCUGCUGAAUGGACUGAAGAGGGGCCGAUUCGACCGUGGUUUGAGUAGUUUUCAGCAGAGCGUUGCUAUGGAUCGAAUCCAGAGGAUUGUGGGGGUUUUACAGAGACCUAACAGCGGGGAGAAGUACCUGAAUACUCUGCUUCAGGUGGAGAUGAUGCUGAAGCUUUGGUUUCCUCAGAUCCCCACUCAGCCUGUCUCAGCAGCCUCCAGCGUCGCCGUGUCCCCCGCUCGGUCCCUCCAAGACACUUCCAGCUCCACCCCGCCGCACAAGCACAGGGAUCAGUUACAUAUUCCCGUAAAGAAGCGCAGACUCAGCUGGACAGGUACGGACUCCCCCGCGCCUUCCCCUGUGCUUCUCAAGUGCCCUCGUAUUGGUACAGAAGAGAAGAGGGUGAAGCAAGAUUGUGAUGAAAAGGACGGCCCUCCUCCUCCAUCAUUGGCAUCUGAUGCAACCCAAAAUUCACCAGAUGUGGCCGGGAACAGCAAGCUAAAUCAGGACACAAAGGGAAAGGACAGUGACAGUGAGGAACUAGGCAAGCUACCAAAAUACAAAGCGGGUCAAAGCUCUGAGCCGAGCCUGACGUGGGUUCACGUUGCCCCAAUCCUGUCCCCACGAAAGGCCUGGCCUUCACACGAGGCCACAGCAGGGGCAGGUAACCUUGAAAACCAGCCUGUCACUGCCGUCCUCCCACCCAGCAGGAGGGGCAGUCCAGCUACGCAAGACAGCUCUAUCUCUUCUACCACACCCUACAAGCACCCCAAAAAUUUGAAGAAGCCGAUCCAGUGCCAAAGCCAGCCUGUUGCUGGACAACACAGUGAGAGUGAGACCAUCGAGACCUGUCAGGGUCAAAAUCAAUCUCCUCAGGUCACACUUCAGCCCUUGUCUGGGGUGUGCCCCACCCCCUUAGAGACCUGAUGUAUUGAUCAAGCAAAGAGCCGGCGGCCUUGCUUUGUUACACCACCGAGCUAAGAGCUGCUGAGAGAGGAAGAAGGGAAGAGGCCUGUGAUUAUAGAUGCAUUAAAGAGAGGAAGGGGAGGAAAGAAUCGUAGGUGAUAGAUGUUGAAGACAAAUGAUGGAUCAUACACAACCCCUCAUCAAAACCACAAUUACAAGUUAUUUCAACAACAGAGCGUAAUGUGUUUAAAUGAAUCUAAUCUACCAGAGCUGAUAAUCACAACUACAUAGUAAUCUGAACGUGUGCACAAAAGCAGAUGUGGUUGAGGGGGGAUAGGAAAGAACACCUAAAGCUCAAAGGCUAUUUACAGCUUAUUGAGUAAUGAUCCAUAGGAGAGAUUUUGAGGAGCAAAUAAUAGUUUCUCCUCAGCAUGAAAGCAAUCAGUAUAUUUAGAGAUGACUGUUUAGGCAGACAUCUAACUUGGGGGGCACACUUGACCUGUAAUUAGAAAAGUUGAUGUCAGUGUUCAGAAUGAGUUUAUUGUGAUGAGGUAACUAGUCUAGAGUGAGUAACAGGGUGAGCUGAAUUGGAUUCUAAUCUUAUGGCAGGAGACACAGGUUUGAACUUAACAUUUACUUGUAGAUAGAAUUGAGGCAUCUGGCUCGAAGAGGAAAAGUGACAUUGAAGUCACUGAAAAUCUUGUAGCUAGUGAUGUGAGAAAUACAGUGUACAGAAUGCAGCAUUAUACUGUACGUGUGCUGUGUUAGUCAUUGGAGACUGGAAAAAAUAAUGUCAUCAACUCACGAAUGUAAUCCAAGAACUGUCUGGGCACUUGGCUGGCAGAUCUGCGGCAAAACAUCGAGAGGAGUGACAUCACAGCGAUCAGAGGUCACGUGACUUUUCUUGUCAUGCUGUGGGUCAGAUGUUUCCCGGUUCUCUACUGCCAACUGACGGGCAGACAGUGUCAUGUAAAUCCAACAAAGACAGGAAGGAAAAAACAAGGACCACUCAAAGACAUAUGACUCUCGAGUCCUACAGUUAAUUUAUUCAUGUGUUGAUCAGACACUGCGUUUAUUUAUUGUUUGUAUUUAUUUAUUGGGCAGCUGAAUAUCGCCUGCUGUGCGCUUGCAUAGUUUGGCCUACAAUUUUUGUGAGGGGACUGUGAAGAUGCUGUUGACUGUGGUUUUUAUUGCUGUCAUGAGGAAAAAAAACCCAUGAAGGAAGUGAAAUCUUACGAUUGGACUACUGUGCCUUUUACCAAAUAGGAUGUGUUCAGAAAAGCAUUUGGUGCUUUAAGUGCAUUCAUACUGCGUUUUGAUUGUUUGCAUUUAUUUAACAAAACCAGUACACAUUCAAUCAUAAAAGCCUACAUGUAGUCAUUUUCAUCUUGCUUUUAAAGUUACACACAGCAUCAAAACCAACAGUAUCAUCAACCAUCUAUCUACUGCUUAAAAACUGGCAUCCAGCUCUAGUAUUCUGGCAUCUACAGUUAAGCCAAACUUAUUACAUCUCCAACUUUUCCACACACCAACAGCAGUGGCUACUAUUUGUCAUGUAUUAAAGUGUAUCCUUCUUUUGGGGCUUUUCUUUUGGUUCUGAUAAACAGACGAACAGACUGAACUGAACUUAAAGCUGGUGCUCUUGAAAACUUGAAAAAACAGAGAAAAUAUAAAUGUAAAGGAGGAAAUCUUUAUUUGCACCACCCUGCUGCUAUUGUUAUUCUUCCAGUUCUAAUUUAGAUGUUUGAUAGUAAGCUCUUUCUUUAUUUGGAAAUCUACUCACAAUAUUCUUCUAAAUGUAGGAGGGGUUUUAGCGAUGUGAUUGGAUUUACAUAAACUGCAAAAGUAUAUAUUAAGUGAAUAUUUAGACUAAAGUAUUUUUAAUGGUAUGAGUGGUUCAUACAUUAUUUACAUAAAUCAAAUCAAGAGGAGGGAUAUCCACGUACCAGACUCCUCCAAAAAGCACCACGUGUGAACACAGAGCCACUGGCAGCCUCCAUGUCACUGCCUGUUUGUGGAGUAAGGAGUGUACAAACCCUCGGUCACUGACCCAGAGUCAGACCAUCUUACCCCAUCCCGCCUUCAAACGUGACGGUAUGAUGUGCCAGACGCUGAUCAGAAGCUGGGGGUGUCCUCCACCUCUCUCCUGUUUUUAUACGGUUGUGGUAUGACAGAGAAACCAAUUGCACUUAUUUUUCAUUGCUCAUGUCCUUUUUCAUGUAUGUUUUUUACUGCAGCGACCACUGCUAAUUGGUCAAAAAUAAUAUGUCUUGUUUAUUUUAGCUGCCUUUUUCUUCUUAAAUUGUAAAAGCUGACUGUAGUUCCCCCUCCCCUCCCUACCUUCCCCUCCCCUCCCCCACUCUGCUGCAUUCGUCUGCCCUUGCCCUCUCUCCUUCAUCUCCCUCAAUCCCGUGUAGUAUGUUUUCUUUCUAAACUAAACUCUUGUCUUUCUCUCACCCCAUCUUUACAUGAUAUUACUCUUCUGGCUACUUUUUCAACAAUAAUGAAAAGGAAAAAAAUCUUUUAAUAAAUGACACAUUUUUGAAAGCUG